AGUGCGAGGUGGUGGCAGUUUGUGCAAGUUUGAGCAAUGUGAGAAAGAGGAGUGGGCAGUGUGUGAUAAUUAGGUAUUGACAAUGUAUGAGAAGUACUCGCAGUGAGUGAGUGAGUUGGGUGAGGACCAGGUGCGAAACGCCGGAGUGCAAGCGACCAGUUUGCUGAUGUAAACAGCACUCUUGUCAUGAGUCAGAGACGCCUGUAAGGCCUUAUUUCCUCCCUAGUGACGGUGGCCGUCGUGCAACAUGCAGGAGCAGGACAAGGAUCCGAUAGCUCUACACGUCAUCGUCGUGGGAUUCCACCACAAGAAGGGAAUGCAGGUGGAAUAUGCAUACCCUGCACUGGGCGGCAGUGAUGGGUGCGAACUUCCUGACUUGUGGCGCCAUCUUCCUUCUCUCUGCUUGCCAGAUGGGGCUCACAACCAUGAGGCUGACACUAUCUUCUUUCACCUUCCUCACCUGACAAAGUCAGAUCAGACUGUAUUUGGGGUGUCAUGUUACCGGCAGAUUGAUGCAGAGAAAGUAACCAAUAAAAGUGCUGACAUUACAAGGAACACCGUGCAGAAGUCAGUAUGUGUGCUGAGUACACUUCCAAUUUAUGGAUAUAUUCAGGAACGUCUUCAAGUUACAACAAAAGUGUACUUUAAAGGAGCAGACUUCUCAGAUGUGCAAGACUUGAAAGGCCUCUACCAUGAUCUUAACACCACCAACUGGCGCGACAAACUGGCUCAUGUUGAUCAUGAGGAUAAGUAUGGAGUUUUUGUAUCUGAUGCGGUGAGAGUGUUUGGUCGCAACAUGUUGGUGCUGUUCAAGAUGAUACUCUUGGAGCGACGUGUGCUCUUCUAUCACAGUCCCGUUGGCCCGCUGGUUCGCACCAUCACCUCACUUAUGGCACUCUUCCCUGACAACUUUCCCAAUGGCUUGGCUCAUGCUGCUUCUCUGAGGUCACGAGGUCCCCUAGGCUUUGUAAUGCUGCAGCCUAGUCGAGAUGAAGCUGAUUACAUGGAAGUGUGCUAUGCAGAAGAUGCCCUGGUUUCCCGGGUGAGCAGCAAUGAGGCAGAUCCUGGUGACAUUAAAAUAAUAGGGGACACAGCAGAUGGAUCUUCUGCUAAUGGAGAUGUUCAAAACACUGUGGUACAGAUUGCUGAUAUUGCUAAGGAGUCAGAGUCUAUUGAAGAAACAUUAAACAACCUUGAUAAGCUGGAAGAUAGAUCAGAGCGAAGCAAGAUCAUUAAUGUUACCACUGACGAAAGUCUUCAGCAUGAGGGCAUCACCGCAGAUAACAUUACAUCUCCAGGCGAUGACUUGAGUGAGCGUCGCAGCAGCAACUCCAGCCUAACAUCUGUGACAUCGCGGGGAUCCAUCAUGUCCCCUCCAGAGUUUAAUGGUGGAGGUAGUGGUAACUCUGCCGCCAAUAUCACAAGCAAAAUGUUUUCACUGAAGGGCAGGUUGAGUGGUGCUUUCACCUACUGGACGGGAAAAGAAAAAUCGCCAACCCAAGAAAAACCUUCAUCAACAGCUACCCCCAACCCAUCACCCAGUGAACCAGGAGAUGACGUUCCCAUGUCCCCAACCACAGGAGGAUCCCUCUCUCAGGAACCGUUGCUUCCUGAACCAGAAAGCCUCUCCACCUUUCAGUCACCUCCUGAAAAUUUUGCUGCUCUCAUAUCAUCAGACUGUGGGCUGCCACUUGAGAUUUUUACCAAGGGUAACUUGGUGCAUCCAUACCUAUCAUUGCAGUACUUAGAUGUUUUGAGUGCCCCAACUUCUCGUGCUUUCCUCGUAGGAGCUUCCAAUACACUUUUCAUCCAUAAGAGACAUCUUUAUGAUGUACUUGUACAGCUGGAUGAAGGAAAGAUAGAGAUACCUGAUCCAGAUUUAAAGCGUCAGCUCAGCCUCUCUACAGAAGAUCUCCGCUUUGCAGAGAACAUUGUGCGUCAGGUAGAGGCAGUAAGUGCAACCAUAAAUAACAAAACUGCCAAUGGCACAUCUCCCAUAAAGAAUCACCCUGAUGUGUUUCUUGAAGGUGUUGGCUGGGUUGGUGGGGAGGAAUGGCUCCGUUACCAGUUUAAGGUUUACCUCCUCUCUCUUUUACGAUCAUCUGUUUGCCCAGACGGAAGUCGAGAGUGUGAAGUAUUCAAUGGGAGCUUCAUGAGUGCUUGGAAAGGCACUCACAAUUAUCGUGUAUGGAUGGCAUCUGGACCCUACCCAACUCUAAUGGAGCUAACCCCAGGCCAUCCUCAUGCUGGCAAUCUCUCUAUGAAUGACAUGAGAAUUAGGCUCUCACACACAAUCCAAGGACUGGACAAAGGUCGACGCAUCAAUCAAACACUUGCCAACACUGGUACAGCAGUUGUCAAGACCAAAGAGGCUGUUGGAGGAGCUUUCACAUCAGCUCGUGGGGCAAUAACGAACCUUUGGUCGUCAUUUACCACCACUAAUAUUAACAACACAGUGGUAACGGAAACAUCACAUCUGGAUCCUGCAGUGGAAGCCACUGAAACACAGCACACCACUACAAACAUUGAAGAACAUCAGGGGGAUAAGGCAGCUACUGAGGCAGCCAUGGAAGCUGUAGAGUGCAGCAACCCGCACAAUACCUCCGAAGAGAAGCUUAUAUCUGCAGAGUAAAUGAUAGGAAAAUGUGAGCACAAAUUUGUUAUUGUUUUGUGUAGCAAAAAAUGGGUAAAGAACCUUUAAUUUUUAAGGAUGGUACAUAAUAUUCCACAAAGAUGAUGUGCAUUUAUGUCUUGUAGUCUCCUUCACCCAACUUAUAUUUGAAACAUAUAUAUCAAAACUUUUCCUGUCACUUUAGGAACUUCAAAAAGAUCUUUAUUUUAUAAGUAUAAUGCAAGAAAUCUAUAGAUAUAAUAAUUAUGUAUAUAAUGUAUGAAAUAUAUAUCUAUACAAUUUGUGUAUAUAAUAAUCAACAAAUGUGCCAUGCUAGUGUUGGAUUUCUCAGAAAAUGCAACAAUUAAACUAAACAAUGCCAACCUUUGUUUUAAUACAUAUUGCUUGUAUGGUAUUAUAGAUUGUUUACUCGCUGCUUUCUCGGAAAAUAUUCACACAAGAAACUGGUCUCAUUAUAACAAAAAAUGCAAAUUUGUAAGACAAAAUGGUGGUUCAGCAACAGCAUUAUCAAAGUAAUAGAAUCUCAGAAACUUGUAGAUGUUUUGAGGCUUUUUAUGGGAGGAGCCCAAUGGUGGCUUUUCACUGCUGGAUGACAUCAGUUCCAGGAGUCCUGUUUGACCUACAGAGAAUAGAGCGAGAACCUGGCCCUCUUCCCUCACAAAGGCACAGGAGGCACAGGACUGUUAACAUCACCCUCACUAGGAAAGCAUCCAGAAAGUCAACAAAGCCUUAUAAACAACUGCAAGGUUCAUAUGAAAUGAAACAUUAAUAUCCAAACGACUCCACAAAUUAUUCGGUCAUAACAAUUGGUUUAUUCAAAAUUAGCUUGAACCGAUGGUCGCCACCAGGCGGCCAGAGUCCCUGGACCAUAGUCCCCAGCUGAUGUAAUUAAUUCCUAUAGAUCGCCAGGCCUCCCAGAAUCAGUGGUUAAGGUUAUUCCAUCAGGUGUACAGAACACGGUGUGUGAAUUUGCGGCUUUGUAGUAGGCCUUGUGGAAGAUUCUGCUUCCUUUGUGCUCCAUUCUUCGGCUUCAUCCUAAGUACUCCCAGUGGUUCACUCCCUGAACCACGGGGAUCACUUCAACCCUACUCCCUUUGGAGCUGGAUUAUUCAUGUAGCUCACUUUCUUCUUUCUCAGGGUUUGGUUCUCCAAGUGGCUCGCAUGUGGGGUAUGUCCAAUGUUCGCGCAGACAAGUUAUCUUGCUCCAUUUCUACAGAGUGGACUCUUGAUGAUGCAUCCUUCUAUUGUUUUUGCAAAACAUUCAAUAAUUCUGAGGUGAGCUUCUUCACAUCAGUAUGGAACCAGUGUCUUCCCUCCUACAUGGAUCAAUUCCUUGAUUGUGAGGUUUUCCAGUGGGUGCCUUUGGCUGGACUGGUUGAGGUGGGGGGUUCAUUCACCUUUUUUUCUAGUUCAGUUGUUGCUCUGGGUGCUGUUCAAACUGAAGUCAUACUUGGGCUAGGUGAUUCUUCAUCCUUGGUUUCUGGCUCUUUUGGUCUAGUGUACAAACCUGGGCAUUUUACUGCAGGACCACCACUAUCAGAAAAUUGGUUUGAUGAUGUACUUUGCUGGUUCAACCUUCUCUGUUCUAUGCAUCUAGAGUUCUGUUGCAGAUCUAUUGUCAUUUGUAUAGCAUGCAGAUGGCUGGGUUAUUGGUGUCCCAACUAGCUCUCUCUCCACAAUGGCAGUAUGAAGCUGCUUGCUUCACCUCUUUUAUUUUUGCCAUCUUUCUUUGGUGACCUGGUGGUCAUGUCUUUUUUGGCCUGGAUGUUUUUUGGAUUGUCAUCUUAUACUUACUAUUGUUGUCUCUUCUCAUUCAGUGUUGGGGGAGCUGCUGUUGCAAGUUGUCUAGGGUAUUCUUUGACCUCCAGCUGGCUUAUGCUCCUCCUGAGCCACCUUGGUCUGUUGACGAGGUGCUAGUCUUUCAUGCCUUUGCUCAUUUCAUGCUUGCCCCCUUCAGUCAGGAAAAUCAGGGAUGUUUUUCUCAAAACGAUGUUUUUGUCCAUGUUUACCUCCAACUACAGAGUUGGGCAACUUCAUACUGUACUCUUCUCCAGAGUUGGGGUUUCUGUACCUUUGGCUUGGUGGGCAGUUUGUUCAUCUGCAGCUUUCUCCGAUUUUUCUGGAGAGGAAUGAAUCAACUGGCAUCCAGAAUGGUCCUUUGGUGAUUAAUGCUGGGUUGGUUUGGCCAGGGGUGCAUCCUUAGUUGUCUGGUGGCACCAGUUCUUGGUGGAUACGUUGUUAGUUGACCUGUUUUCUUGAUCCCGUUCCAAGGCCUGUAUUUCUCGGGUUGUCCAGUUUCUUCAAAGCUAGACAGCCUGGAGUCUCCCCUCUGGCCAAUGAUGUUUGUAAGCAUGCAGCCUUUGCUGCUGUUUUCUCCAACAUGUUGUGGACUUACACUCAGGGUUGGAGGUUUUGAAGGUCUUACAUGGCCUUUGCAGCCCAGUCUUUGUUUCUGUUCCUAGUCCCAAUCAGUCUUGUGUGGCACUGGACUGUGUUUCUGGCCCUCAGUUUCUUCUCUGGCCUAGUACCUGCCAUCUCUCCUUCCUAACCUGUUAAUCCCCUUAUUUUCCUGUUUCUCUGGUUAGUUGCAGGAAACCACAAUGGUGCUCUUCCCAGAAAACCAGGAUUGAAUGUAAUGAAAUGCCUUUCUGUUACAGCUCUGGUGGCUCCCCAACUCCCUCUCUAGCAGGUUCGUUGUUUCUUUUUUCCAUCAGUCAUGGAGUGACCUUGGAGACAGCUGUUGGCCAGCUGGUAGCAGCCAUCAGUACUAACAAGAUCAAGCUAGUUUAAAAUUAACUAAUUAUUUAGAUUUGAUUCACUUGUGAAGUCAUUUGACUAUUUUGAAGCUUUGUUUUUCAUGAACUUUGCAUUUGUCUGUAAAGUUUUCUGGAUGCUUUCCUGGUGAGGAUGAUGACCACAAUACUGUAAUACGCCAUCUGAUCCUUGCACCUAUGUUAGGUGGCCAGGUUCUGGCUCUGGUCCCCAGUAGUCCAAGCAGUAUUCUUGCGACUGAUGCGACCCAGAAGUGAGGAGCCAUCACAGUGAGAUAGCUUUAGGGAGCCACCAGGGCUCUACCAGAAAGAUAUGUUUCAUUACAUUUAGUGCUGGGUUUUUAUCUUCAGUCUUGUCAUUCAUAAGUAAUUAUUAACACCCCAUUUGUAACUAGUAUCGUGGGAUGGUAGGAGUGACUCCAGACCCCUGCACCGGCUAUCCAACCUCAGUUUUGAGGCUGUUGUGCUUGGUGGCGGUCAUUCAACUCUGGCUCCAGAUUCUGUGCAGAGCUGUGCUCUUGCGGUGUUGUUCUGCUGUGUUGUGGUGUGCGAGCCAGGAGUAAUUCAUGAAGUACUGGGGCUGCAUGCACCUAGGGCUCCCUUCCCUAGGUGCCCCUGUAAGUACUGCCCUUGCAGUUUAGGGUUAUCUUCCAUAAGUCAUUUGGGAACUACUUACAUAGGGAUCUCUUGCUGCUCAGUGAUUGCCCACCCUUGGGGUCAGCUGGGGUUUUUAUACCCGCUGUUUGACCCUGGGUAAGAGGUAGUAUCGUCGCUGCAAGGUACUGUGCAGUUUAUCUCCAUUACACACAACGGCCGGUUCUGUUCCUUCCGGAACAGAACCGGCCGCUAGGUUAGUUGCUUUUCCAGAUGCCGCGAGGCUGCCCUGGGUGUAAUUAUUCGGCCUCCGGGGGCCUUACAUCGGGUGCUGCGUCGUCGGCUUCCUCUUUGAGUUUUUCGGGGUUCACUGCCAUAACGUUGGCUAUGCCGGAUGUGUGGGCACCCAGAAGUGGACCUCUUCGCGUCGGUGUGGUCGAGGCAUCUCCCAGUAUAUGUGGCGCCCUUCCCUGAAUGCGAGGCCGUCGGGGUCAAUGCUUUUCGGCAGGACUGGUCAAGGUGGAGUUACCUGUACCUCUUCCCGCCGGUUCAUCUGUUGCUUCGGGUUCUGGCUUGGUUGGAGACUUACCUGGGGGGAGUUGUCCUGUUGGCCCCUUGGUGGCUGGCCCAGUCUUGGUUUCUGACACUGCUUGCUCAGCGUCCAAACUCGAGGACUUUUCUGCAGAAAAGUCUUUUCUGAAGGAAAGUCUUUUCUGCUCUGCUUCUUUCAGCAGAUCGGUUUGGUCUGGUAUUAGUAUAUGGUUGGUUCGAUCUGUACGUCUGGUCUUUUUGAUGCGGGUUUAUCACCACUUGUAUGGUAAUCAAGUUGCUUCAUUAAUGGUGUCCACCUGCGUGUUUCGUCUCGGUGGUCCUUUUGUCACAUUUUGUCUCUUCAUGGGUUGUCUUCGGUUUCAGAUCGUGUUGUUUUGUCUUUUCUCUCUUGGUUAUUAAAGGACCGUUAUCUUAUGCCAAAUACUGUUGCCUCGUAUCAUGGGGCGCUGGUGGAGCCGCUCCUGCUUGCAUUCGGGGUGGAUGUUACUUUCGCUCCAUUUCAAAAGCUGUCUCGUGUGUUGUUUCACCUCCAGCCUGCUUGUGCACCACCUGAGCUGUUCUGGUCGUUGCACCGGGUGCUCUUUUCUCUCUUCUUGGUUUGUGGUGGCUCCUUCGGUUUGGGAUUGUUUUCAUAAGGUGUUCGGGAUUGUUUAGUUUCAAUGUUUUCAUCGUUGUUUUCUCUUUUCUUGUUGGCAGUGGCCUCUGGAGCCACUGGGGUUUAGGAGCUUCAUGCUCUCCUCCGGCUGAAGGGUUUCUGCUCUUUCGGUCAUGGUGGUAGGUUUGUUUGUUUGCAGCUGUCUCCUCCUUUUCUGCUGAAGAAU